AUGGCAGCGUACAAUCCAGAUGCCGCCGCCACGCAACCAGAACGUGUUGUCGGGUUUUUUGUGCCAGAAUCGUCAGCCGCAUUUGUAACUGAGAUGUUGGAGCUCGCUUUGAGCAACACUCCAGGAGUGACUGUAUACGCUGGAGAAAUGUCUCGAAUCGUUCUAAAUACCAACUCCAACGACUCGGAGAGAGCAGAAGACACCGAUGAUGACUCGGACACGACUUCUUCCGAUGACGAGUGCCAGGAUUCUACAGUGAGCUCUUCAUCCAACAAAAGAAAAGUUCCACAGGAAGCGAGUGCCCCAAAGCGUAGAAAAAUCGAAACCACUGAUAAAUCGACUAACUUUUCUUGUGAUGCUGCUGAUCGGAUUUCGAUGGUCGAUAUGGUCAAAGAGCUCGAACGAAAGUACGGACAGCCAUCUGGAUUGCCAAAUGGCCGAGCAACAGCGCCACGUUUGAUGAUACAGUAUCCAGGUUUGCCGUAUCCAGCUCCAGUUCACCAGGAAUUUGCCAACUGUGGGCUCCCAAGACAAGUCGUCGACUUCAACGGAAGAGGAAUGUUCAAGCCUACCGGAACCCCAGUCUUCAACGGAUCAUCAGCGACAUGA